CGUCAAGGGACACUAUAGCUAUGGAAGAUAAUAGGCCUCACCACGUCAUAGAGACACAUUUGAAGUCGUUUAAAAUUGAAAUAUUUCCAUAAUGUCAAAUACUUCGAUGUGAGGUUUUUGAUAGUUUACUCAAUGUUUUUGUACUUCUGUGGAGUUUGUUUCUGUUGUUGCUUUCUUCCAUGGUAAGGUUCAAUGACUUUUCAAGAUAUAUUUCCUGAGCAGCAUCGUCAAGUGGUAAGAGACCUCAUCGAAUGUACUCACACCAAACACAUUUUCAAAGGUCAAUCACUUCACGCUCGCAUUCUCAAAACCGGUUCCCUCUAUUCCAUUUACGUUGCCAACACUCUCCUCAACUUCUACGCUAAAUCAGGUCACUUAUUACACGCUUACAACCUUUUUGAUUCUAUCAACGACAAUCACAAAGACGUCGUUUCAUGGAACUCACUCAUCAACGCUUUCUCCCAACACAAUCAUUCUCCUUCCUUCGCUAUAAACCUCUUUCGUCGUAUGAUGCGUGUCAAUAACACUAUUCCAAAUGCUCACACACUCGCUGGUGUUUUUUCCGCCGCUUCGAAUCUCUCCGAUGUAUCUGCGGGCCGACAAGCUCAUUCUGUUGCUGUUAAAACCGCUUGCACUGGUGAUGUUUAUGUUGGGAGUUCUCUUCUCAAUAUGUACUGUAAAACGGGUUUUGUUUUGGAUGCGCGGAAACUGUUUGAUAGAAUGCCUGACAGAAACACGGUUUCUUGGGCUACUAUGAUUUCUGGGUAUGCUGCUUCUGACCUUGCUGGUGAGGCGAUUGAGGUUUUUGGACUCAUGCGCUGUGAGGAAGAGAUUGAGAAUGAGUUUGCUUUAACUAGUGUUCUUAGUGCGUUGACGAGUAAUGAGUUUGUGGAUACUGGUAGACAGGUUCAUUCACUUGCCAUUAAAAACGGGUUGAUUUCUAUUGUCUCUGCUGCAAAUGCUCUUGUGACUAUGUAUGCUAAAUGUGGGUGCCUUGAUGAUGCGGUUCGGACUUUUGAAUUUUCGGGGGAUAAGAAUUCGAUCACUUGGUCGGCUAUGAUUACUGGUUAUGCACAGAGUGGGGACUCUGAUAAAGCUUUGAAGCUUUUUUAUAAAAUGCAUUCUUCUGGUGUGUUGCCUUCUGAGUUUACCCUUGUUGGGGUGGUCAAUGCUUGCAGCGACCUUUGUGCUGUUGUAGAAGGGAGACAGAUGCAUGGUUUUUCCUUCAAGUUGGGGUUUGGAUUGCAGUUGUAUGUUUUAUCAGCGUUGGUGGAUAUGUAUGCAAAAUGUGGUAGUUUAGCGGAUGCUUGUAAGGGUUUUGAGUGUGUACAACAACCUGAUGUUGUUCUUUGGACUUCUAUCAUAACGGGGUAUGUACAAAAUGGGGAUUAUGAAGGUGCUCUCAACUUGUAUGGCAAAAUGCAGAUGGAGAGAGUUAUCCCCAAUGAACUAACCAUGGCAAGUGUCCUAAGAGCUUGUUCCAGCUUGGCUGCUUUAGAUCAGGGGAAGCAAAUGCAUGCCCUGAUCAUUAAGUAUGGUUUCAAGUUAGAAGUUCCUAUUGGAAGUGCUCUUUCUGCCAUGUAUGCAAAGUGUGGAAGUUUGGAUGAUGGGUGCCUUAUUUUUUGGAGGAUGUCUUCCAGAGAUGUCAUUUCGUGGAAUGCAAUGAUAUCUGGACUUUCUCAAAACGGUCAUGGUAAUAAAGCCUUGGAGUUGUUUGAGGAGAUGUUAUUGGAGGGAAUAAAGCCUGAUCAAGUCACCUUUGUGAAUCUUCUCUCUGCUUGUAGUCAUAUGGGACUUGUGGACAGAGGCUGGGAUUAUUUCAAGAUGAUGUUUGAUGAGUUUAACAUUGCUCCGACCGUAGAGCAUUACGCAUGCAUGGUUGACAUCUUGAGUCGUGCAGGUAAGCUCAAUGAAGCGAAAGAGUUCAUUGAAUCUGCAACGGUUGAUCACAGUCUGUGUUUGUGGCGCAUAUUAUUAGGAGCUUGUAAGAACCAUCGUAACUAUGAACUUGGAGCUUAUGCUGGAGAGAAACUAAUGGAGCUAGGGUCACCAGAAUCAUCUGCUUAUGUAUUGUUAUCGAGUAUAUAUACAGCCUUAGGGAAGUGGGAAGACGUAGAGCGUGUCAGGAGGAUGAUGAAAUCCAGAGGGGUGAAUAAAGAACCUGGCUGUAGUUGGAUUGAGUUAAAGAAUUUGGUUCAUGUGUUCGUUGUUGGAGACAAUAUGCACCCGCAAGUUGAUGAAAUACGGUCAGAGUUAAGAUUGUUAACCAAAUUGAUGAAAGAUGAAGGAUAUCAACCUCUUUCAGAUUCAUUGCCUGAAACUAUCAAUGAUGAUUUUACAGAUAUUAUUUGAUACGUGUUCCCAUUUUACAGAUAUUAUUUGAUACGUGUUCCCAUUCUUUACCUAUAUAAUAUUUUCCGUUCAAUCCAUAGAAUGAUUUUAUUUUGUUGUAUGGAUUGGAAAAUUGGUGUGUGGUUUAAUCACUGCCAUUAUAAAAUAGCGUAACAUUAACUUUUGUUGAGCUA